CACCGUGGACCGUCAGACAGAGGGAAGAACCCACCUGAAGCCGAAGAGAAUACUUUUGAGAGAAACUUGCUCCUCGGUGGUCCGACACCCAUGAGAAAGACAACCCGUCAACUCUAAUCUUCGAAAAAGGAUUUAAUAACUAAACGCCCCCCCCCCCCCCCCCCACAAACACCCUCGCGAAAAUGAAGGCAUUCAGCAUUGCAGUUGCAGUGACACUCGUGCUCGCCUUUAUUUGCAUUCUGGAGAGCUCUGCCGUCCCAUUCACCGGGCAGGUGCACGGGCAGGAGGAGGCAGGGAGCAACGACACUCCAGUCGCGGCAUAUCAAGAAAUGUCAAUGGAAUCCAAGAUGAUGCCGGAUCACCUCUUGAGGCAGAAGCGCCAGAGCCACCUCUCCCUGUGCCGCUGGUGCUGCAACUGCUGCACGUCCUACAAGGGCUGCGGCUACUGCUGCAAGUUCUGAGGACCUGACGUUCAUUCACGUCCCUUUCUUUGUCUCGACCUUUUCUUGACCCUUUUCUUUCUCCUACGCGCCGCCUGAGAGGAGCUGUCUCGGAUCAUGUCAAAGGUGGCGUGUGAUUCGUCGAAGAGCACUGUGCAAAACAACUUAUUACGUCUUAUUUAUUUGAUAUGUUUUAAUACUUUCACCAUGUGAGUCUGUUUGUUAAGUCAACGAUGUGUAAAUGCGUUUCUAAGAAAUGAUCCAGAUCUUUAAAUUGUAUCCAACAACUUUAAAAGAUGGUGUUGAAUAAAGUAUGAUCAUUUUAUGCA